UCACCAUGGCCGAGUCUCCUGGCUGCUGUUCCAUCUGGGCCCACGGCCUCCACUGCCUAUAUAGCUGUCACUGGAGGAAAUGGCCUAGACAGAGGAUGAAGACCAGCAAGUGCGACUGCAUCUGGUUUGGCCUGCUCUUCCUCACCUUCCUCCUGUCCCUGGGCUGGUUCUACAUCGGGCUCAUCCUUCUCAAUGAUCUGCACAACUUCAAUGAAUUCCUGUUCCGCCACUGGGGACACUGGAUGGACUGGUCCCUGGUAGUCGUGCUGGUCAUCUCUCUGCUGGUCACAUAUGCAUCCCUGCUAUUGCUCCUGGGCCUGCUCCUGCAGCUCUGAGGUCAGCCUCUGCAUCUUCACAGUCUCCACAAGGUGCUAUUGCUCCUCAUUAUACUUCUGGUGGCCACUGGCCUGGUGGGACUGGAUAUCCAAUGGCGGCAGGAGUGGCAUAGUCUACGACUGUCACUGCAGGCCACAGCCCCAUUCCUUCACAUUGGAGCAGUUGCUGGAAUCACCUUCCUGGCCUGGCCUGUGGCAGAUACCUUCUACCGUAUGCAACCAAGAGGCCCCAAGGUUCUACUACUGUUCCUAUUUUUUGGAAUCACUCUGGUCAUCUACCUGGCCCCCCUAUUCAUCUCCUCCCCCUGCAUCAUGAAACUCGGAGACUUACCCCCCAAGCCUGGUCUGGUGGGACACCGAGGGGCUCCCAUGCUGGCCCCCGAGAACACCCUGAUGUCCUUAAGGAAAACAGCCGAAUGUGGAGCUACUGUGUUUGAGACAGACGUGAUGGUCAGCUCUGAUGGAGUCCCCUUUCUCAUGCAUGACGAGCGGCUGAGCAGGACUACCGAUGUAGCCUCUGUGUUUCCAGAGCGAGUCUCAGCCCACAGCAGCGAUUUCUCCUGGGCUGAACUGCAGAGACUCAACGCUGGAGCCUGGUUCUUAGAGAGGCAACCCUUCUGGGGGGCGAGAGCGCUGUCAGGCUCUGAUCAGAAGGAGGCUGAGAAUCAGACAGUGCCAGCCUUAGAAGAACUGCUGAAGGAAGCAGCAGCCCUCAACCUCUCCGUGUUUGACCUGCGCCGACCCCCGAUCAACCACUCAUACUAUGACACGUUUGUGAAUCAGACAUUGGAGGCUGUGUUGAAUGCAAGCGUGCCCCAAGCCAUGGUCCUUUGGCUCCCGGAUGAAGACCAUGCUUCUGUGCAACAACGGGCUCCCAGCAUGCGCCAGAUAUAUGGACAUCAGGGGGGCAACAGGACUGAGCAGCCCCAGUUUCUCAACCUCCCCUAUCAAGACCUGCCAGUGUUGGAUAUCAAGGCACUCCACCAGAGUAAUGUCUCGGUGAACCUGUUCGUAGUGAACAAGCCCUGGCUCUUCUCCCUGCUCUGGUGUGCAGGGGUAGACUCAGUCACCACCAACGACUGCCAGCUGCUGGGACAGAUGCACCACCCCCUCUGGCUUAUUCCCCCUCAGAUCUACUUAAUGAUAUGGAUCGUCACUGACUGUGCCUCCAUUCUGCUGCUUUCGUGUAUCUUCGUCCUCCGAGGGAGAUGUGCCAGGAGAAAGAGAACAGGCUUAGAAGCAACAGUGCUGCUGACCAGGAUCAACAAUGUCACCUCGGAAUGAAUGCGGAACCUGUGCCCCCAUCAGCUACAGACCAAGGGCUGCAUGCAGCAGCCAGAGGGAAGGAAGGGAAGGAGCUCAAGUGGAACAUCCAGGAAUAAAAUGUUUGGAGGAGGGGAGCAUUCAUAACAAGUUUUCAAACUAAGAGGGCCCUCUGUCCAAAUGGUGGGCAUGUCCCAAGCUGCCAUGGAAUUUGCUGCCUUUGACAUUUUAACAUGACUUAGUUGGAAAGACAGUGACAGGAAGUUACUCCCAAAAUUAAACCAAGUGAGAGAUAAUGUCUUGGGCCUGCACGCA